AUGGGAGGAGAGACGCCUAUGGAUGUGGAGCAUGAGUUUAACUGGAAGUGUUCAAGCAAACAGAGGACUCCAAAGUGCUCGCAUUUGUCGCCACUGAAGAAACGUAAGAUCGACGUCUCUAUUGCUGGAGAAGACCAUACUCAGAUUGUCAAGCUCUCAAGUAUUGGAAGAAAGGCGGUUCUGAAGAGGAUAAGAUGGCCUUCUACUUCGAGUAUUGGGCAGCUGCCUAUGGUGGCAAUAGGAUACCUCCAUCUGGCAUUGAAUUUGGUUAUGAUAGGAUUUGUGUGCUACAUUGUUCUAUACAUGUUGAUAGGAUUACAAAGAGACAUAAGGUAUAAGAUAACCAACAGAAGGACACAGAUAAAGCAUCAGAUAGAGGAGGCAAGAGAGGCCUACCGAAUUAAUAGAUGCGACCCAGCCACAAGAGUGCCAGCAAUAGAAGAGUUGUGCAACAAAUGGGAAUGUGUGAUCAAGAAUGGAUACGGAUCGGUGGGGUACACCCGAAUCAUAGCUGAGGUUUUUGGAGACGUCAUAGACGGAUUUGUCAGAAAGUUUUCUGUAAGGAGCUCUCUGACAAUAGGAUUUUUCUUCAUUCUUUUUCUUAUGUUCAGAAGAGCGGCAAAGUCCUAG